AUGAACUCGAGUGGCUUGGCCAACAACGCCCUCGCCGGUACAUCUUUGACGCGCAUGGAUGCCCUUCGUGCCCACGGUGGUGUCCCUACUGGAGUUGGUGGAGUAUCUCCCGUGGAUGACAACGCCAUGGUGCCGCAAAACGCCGAUUCAAAUAGCCACGGCCAACAUCUGAACCAUCAAAACCACUCCUCCCACAAUAACCAACAUCUGCACCUCCCGCACCACCUUCAGCAUCAGCAGAAUCACGAUUCACACCACCAGGGUGGAUUUCUGCAAGUUCUGGCUCGCCAGAGCUCCAUGGCGCCAUACGAAUCGUUUGGCAAGGUAUCCGACACCAUUUCCAAGCUUGAGAAUGAGCUUGCGUCCGUGGGUCAGGAAAUGGGCUACUUGCGCCAUGUGGUGGAUUUCCAGAAUCAGAGAAUUGAUAAGCUCACCCAGCUUCUACUAGACAUAAUCAACAACAAGGACGUAUCGCCUAUUAUCAUCAAUCUGCUACAAUCCAUUCAGACGAGUGAUGCAUUCAAUGUGGAUGAUUCUCACGAUUCCGUCGACGACUCAGUUCGUGACUCCGUUCACGAUCUGGUUCACGACUCCGUGCACGAUGUGGCACUGGCCAUCCCGUCGCUACUGACACUGGGAGUAGUCUCUGUUCCGGGCGUCGGGAAUGUGCUGGGUGUGCUGUUGGAUAGCAAUAUGGAUCCACAACUCCAUCAGGUGGCUCAGGCCGCAGUUCAGGCGCAGUCCACAUCCAAGGUGGACAUUCUCGAUGACAAAAAGAAUCGCAAACGGCCGUUCGGUAAGAUUAAUGGUAAUUCCGUGGGUGUGGAUCGUCUUUCAAAACAUCAGCUGCAACAGCAGGCCAAUCUGGGCCAAUCACAUCUUUCCAAGCAACUGCAACAGCUGCAGCAACAACAACAACAACAGCAACAACAACAGCAACAACAGUCCGUGCCCAAGGAGAGUAUGGUAAAUAUGCCUGGGCUAGAAGUGGUCAAUGUGGACAGUAUGGCAGGACGCAAGAAGCCUAAAGUGUCUAUUGAUUUUCUUCACAACCCUAUGACUGUAAAGGAGAUUUACGACGAAUUUACGAAGGGUUUUCGGGGACAGAUUCCUCUCCGAGAAAUGGACGAACGUUUUGGCAAACACGAAUGGCGUGGCGACUCGCGGUCCAAAGAAUCCAAGCGGUUCCAACGGAGGAAAAAACUCUGCGAUGCCAUCGAGAGAGGCAUGGGUAAGUACGGCAAAUCUGCGGAAGAAAUUAUCAGCUACAUCGAAGAGUUUCGCGGUGACAAGUCGUUGACGUGGGUUAUGAAUGGAAAUCUACCCCGAGACUUGAUGGAAUGA